CAGCUAAUAGACCAAAUAAUACCUAUCAAUGCUAGCCGUGCUACACCACCGGCAUCUGACACGGAACGCGGAUGUAAGCGAAUGUAGCCUAAAAACAACACACGUUUAUUUGAUCAGUCUAUGUGCACUGACCGACUAAACUUUACAUUUAGUGAAAGGAACAUUUUAUACAGAGAUGAACUCAGAUCAUCUGAGCUUCUUACAUCAUCUGAGUUCAUGUGAAUUUGCAGCUGGAUUCUCCAACAGCUGUGAUCAUAAAUGAAUCAUAAAUGGUCAGAUGACUUUGGCAUGUAAGGCAGUGCAAGGAUGCACUUCUCAAGGAUGUUGAAUGAUUAAGCUAGCUCUGGCAUUGCGUUUGUCAACUGGAUUAAAUGGAUUUGGUGACCACAUUCACUGGCGAAGCCUUGAGGAUGGGAAGAAGGAGGCUGAAGCAAGCGGACUGCCACUGAUGGUCAUUAUUCACAAGACUUGGUGUGGUGCAUGCAAAGCACUAAAGCCCAAGUUUGCUGAAUCGAAAGAGAUCUCUGAGCUGGCCCACAAUUUUGUCAUGGUUAACUUGGAGGAUGAAGAGGAGCCAAAAGAUGAGGCCUUCAGUCCAGAUGGGGGUUACAUUCCUAGAAUACUUUUCCUUGAUCCCACUGGUAAAGUCCACUCUGAAAUCACAAACAAGAAUGGGAAUCCCAACUACAAGUACUUUUACAGCAGUGCAGAUCAAGUUGUGACUAGCAUGAAGGACGCUCAAGAGAGGCUGACUGGAGAUGCCUUCAGGACAGCUCACAUUGGAGAUGAACUGUAAGCAGGUCUGAGGUUGGCACUGAAAGACCUCAACCAAUCACUCCUCUGGGCACACUAGAUUCAUCUCCAACCUCAAUCUCUCCUGUCAUUUCAUUUGAUCUGCUGUGGCACAAGACUAGCUUAAAAAAUGAAGGAAUUCAGAAUGCAUCUACCAGCUUGCAGUAAAUUGGCUUAUUACUUUGAGAACCAAAGCAUACUUUGUCCGUGUCACAUAAAGGGUGCUAAAAUAUUUUUCUGCAUUUCAAAAAUGUACUGCUUAUGAGUUAUAUUAUUAUUGUUGUUAUUAUUAUUAUUGUUGAAAACAGGAAGAUGUGGUGGAAUAGACCCUGAACUGCAUUCACAAGGCAAUUUUCAUGUGCUUCCAAGCCUUAUCUUGCAAGCUGCAGAGAAACGAAUUGUUAGCCAGUCACAUAUAUGAAGGGCCUUAUAAUCCCCAAAGUGUAUCUGCCUAGAAACUAGCAUUGUGAUGGGUUUUCUUGAUUUUUCAGUACAACAGUCCUGCUAUGUUACGAUUAUCAGAAAUAACAAUAUUUCCUAAACUUGCCAACUUUGUGUAUUUUAGUCGUCAAUAUAUGGAGUUGCCUUUGGUUUUAAAAGACAGAUUUUUAAUACCUGUAAAUGAAGACCUUUAAUGAAAACUGGCAUUUCUAAUUUGUUUCGCUUUUUGGAUUGAGAGGGAAUUGUCUUUGCCAUACUGUAUUUUUUACCAAUAUGUAAAAUGAGGCUACAAAUAAAGUUGAUAGAAAAUGU